ACAGUUGAGUCUGGGGUGGGGGCGAGCAGACGACGCACGACGAUCGAACGACGGAAUAGUUUGACAUGUGAAUGUUAGAGGUUUGAGCUUUUCUUUUUAAACCGGUCAUAAUUUUAUUGACAAUGGCUCGUUUUCUACCUCGACCGUUCUCCCCGUCUCAGUGUUAUGAAAAUCGGUGUUUUCUUUUGGCUCCAACUAAAUUUUCUUCUAAACUCUAUAGCUCCAGCUCCAGUGAAACAAAACAUCAACCACCAAAUCCCGCAGAAAUCAAGAAUGAUAUGAUUGGACCUCCAAAUCAGUUGUCAAAUUUGAGACCUGUUGUGUUCUCCAUACCGCGAAAUGAAUCAAAAUUGGAAAGAGAGUUUAGGUUGGAAAGAGACAAAGUUCAGAAGUGGAAUGAAGAUUUUUGGAUCAGGCAUAAUUCUGCUUUCUUGAAGGAGAGCAAUGAAUUUCGUCACAAGAAGUUGCAGUCAUCAACAGACUCAGAUAACAAAAGUCUAAGCGCUGAAGAAAUGUCAGAAUAUUAUAAGAAUUUUCUAGACAAAAACUGGAGGUUGCAUGUAUCUUACAACUUCCAAUGGUAUCGGAAAAAUUUUAAUCUGUUGUACAUGGCUUUUAAAGUCCAAUUAUCAAAAUUAACAUUUUCAAAAUAAGUGUGUUUUAUAACGUUGUGGUCUCAAAGUAAUAAUUAGAGCCAAUAUACCAAAUCUGA